AAUUGUUUUUUAACCUCGAAAAGAAUUAAAACAGACAUGCGUUCUGUGCGAUAUUCAGAAAGAACUGUGCUCCCCUUAGACUAGAAACACCUUGCACAUAGAUUAUUCUUUUUUAGGAAUUAUGUUGCUCGUGAUACUGGCUCGUUUGUUUUAUCUGUUUUCAUCACUCGUUUCAAUUUGAUAACCUCAACAAGAGGUGGUGCAGUUAGAGAUAAAAACAUCUGACCUGGCAACAGGUAGGGAUAGGAGUGUAUGCUUUGUCCUCUAAAUUGAACUAUUUUUAGAACAAAAUGAAAAGAUCGCUCGUUAGAAAACUGAUUGUGCGUGUCAUUACCCAUUAAAACACAAGCAAGUAAAUCGCUGACCGUCCUCAUACCCUCGUAAUAGAUUCACAGUGGCUACCAGUACUAAAAAAAACAGUCUAUAUGAAUGGACACCCACGCACGCCUUUUCGCUUGGCUUCAUUCAUCCACAGACUUUCCGAUUGAGAAGAUCGCACACCGGCGGAGCAGAAACUGACACAUGGCAUCCUCCCAAAGCUCUUUGUCGAAUUAAUUUUCAUGAGUCGAGCAGAUGGCUCACACGUUAUAUCGGAAUUUCUUCUUAUUAAUGUUUUCUGGUCAGCGGAGGAGACCGCUCCCACCCAGUUUAUGUUUUGGACCUGUCUUUAGGAUGGUAGCGCGUCGACAGUGAUUAAAUAAUGGACGUGGUUAAAAUAUGUUUUUUUUUUAAAUUAGGGAUUUAAACAUCUGCUGUCUGUAGCAUUCUUAUAGGACUAACGGGCUGACUGAUAUUGUGUUAACGCGCAACAAGUUUUUUUUUACCCCUCUGAGUAUGUAUGUGAUGCAUUUUUUAGCAUCACUCUGAGGCUUGUUGGCUGUCUGCCCCCUCUAGUGUGUUAACCUGUCUGGCUCCGAGUCACAGUUUUUACAGGAUGUCGAUGUGAGCUCUGCGCGCAUCUCUCUUCGCGCUGUCUUUUCACUUUGCUUAAGAAUAAAAAAGACCAUUAAAUAUACUUCUCGUUGAGCACAUACGAUUUUCAUGGGAGUGCUGAAAGCAUGGAUAAACUAUCAUCUCUUUUAGCACUAUGGUGAAACAAGAGUCCGAAGAUGCUGGAGUUGGGCACUUGUUCAGUCAGCGCUCACACGCUUUCAGACCACAAUGCCCUGGGAGUUCCACAGCUGGGCAGCACCCCCCACCGCUACAUGCUGCCACCACCAGAGGCAGAGAGCUGGCACAAGCAUCGGCUGGGCUUGACCCAAGGCUCCCGGUCCUGCUCCCUGCUGGAGCCUGAGAGCCUCUCAGACAGCCUCCUGUCCCGCACCGCCAGCUUCGACGCCCUGUACGAGCUGCGCGCCCGCGAGGCCGACACCAGCUUCCCCUUUGAUGGAGGAGUUUCCUUUGAGGUGCCCACGCUGGGCCUGGACCCUGCGAUGCCCGUCAGCCCCCACCUCAUCAAGCGCCGCCGUGGGGGUCUCAUUGAGCAGAAGGACAUCAUCAAAGCCCAUGAGGCUCACAAGAUGCAGAGUACCCCUCAGGCCAAGCGCAAGGAGUGGGAAAUGGCUCGUUUUGGAGACGACGUGGCCGGCAGGCUGGGAUCCGGGGAUGGGGGCUCCGAGCGCAGCAGAAACAGGCAAGGAGUGGCGGUGUCUUCGGGUGGAGUUUCGGCAGCCUUUAAACAGUCAAAAGCCCAAAGAGCCCGCACCAUGGCUCUCUACAACCCUAUCCCUGUCAGGCAAAACUGUUUCACUGUCAACAGAUCUCUGUUCAUUUUUGGAGAAGACAACAUUGUUAGAAAAUACGCAAAGAAGAUCAUUGAGUGGCCUCCUUUUGAAUACAUGAUCCUGGCUACCAUCAUAGCAAACUGCAUUGUUCUGGCUCUGGAGCAGCACCUUCCCGGAGAUGACAAGACACCCAUGUCAAAGAGACUGGAAAAAACUGAGCCCUACUUUAUUGGAAUCUUUUGCUUUGAAGCUGGAAUUAAAAUCGUGGCCUUAGGGUUUGUGUUCCACAAAGGCUCCUAUCUGCGGAAUGGCUGGAAUGUGAUGGACUUCAUCGUGGUUCUCAGUGGCAUCCUGGCUACAGCAGAAGCACAAAUUAACACGCAUGUGGACCUGCGGACACUGAGGGCUGUUCGGGUACUGAGACCACUCAAGCUAGUCUCCGGGAUCCCCAGUCUCCAGAUUGUCCUGAAGUCCAUCAUGAAAGCCAUGGUGCCACUACUUCAGAUCGGGCUUCUGCUGUUCUUUGCCAUCCUCAUGUUUGCGAUAAUUGGGCUGGAAUUCUACAGUGGAAAACUGCACCAUACCUGCACUCAGGCGCCCAACAUCCUAGACAAUGAAACCGUGGAUGGAUCUGAGUUAGAAUUUCCCUGUGGAUUUAGGGAAUGUCCCAAAAAAUAUAACUGCACUCCAGACUGGAUCGGUCCAAAUGAUGGGAUCACUCAAUUUGACAACAUCUUAUUUGCUGUGCUGACCGUCUUCCAGUGCAUCACAAUGGAGGGAUGGACAACAGUUCUUUAUAAUACCAAUGAUGCCUUAGGCCCAACAUGGAACUGGUUGUAUUUUAUCCCUCUAAUCAUCAUUGGGUCCUUUUUUGUACUUAACCUCGUGCUGGGAGUUCUUUCAGGGGAGUUUGCCAAAGAAAGGGAGCGGGUGGAGAACCGGAGAGCCUUCAUGAAGCUGCGCAGACAGCAGCAGAUUGAGAGAGAGCUGAAUGGAUACCGAGCCUGGAUAGACAGAGCAGAGGAAGUGAUGCUCGCAGAAGAAAAUAAAAAUUCAGGGACAUCAGCAUUGGAUGUGCUCAGAAGAGCGACUAUCAAGAAAAGCCGCAUGGAAGUGAUUCGCAGGGAGCCAAGUGAAGACCAGUAUGCUGACAUCUCAUCUGUAGGCAUCCCUCUUGCAAGGGCCAGCAUUAAGAGUGCUAAAUUCGGCGGAGCCUCGUACUGCCGGAGGAAAGAACGCAUGCUCCGCAUUUCCAUCCGCCGCAUGGUCAAAUCACACACUUUCUACUGGACGGUGCUCAGUUUGGUGGCCUUGAACACACUGUGUGUCGCCAUUGUGCACCACAGACAGCCUGAGUGGCUUUCCACUUUUCUAUACUAUGCAGAAUUCCUUUUCCUAGGACUCUUUCUCACCGAAAUGUUUCUAAAAAUGUAUGGCCUGGGACCACGGCUCUACUUCCAUUCAUCCUUCAACUGCUUUGACUGUGGAGUGAUCGUCGGCAGCAUCUUUGAAGUGGUCUGGGGAUUCUUUCGCCCUGGGAUGUCUUUCGGAAUCAGCGUCCUUCGAGCUCUGAGGCUGCUGAGGAUCUUCAAGAUCACAAAGUACUGGGCUUCUCUAAGGAACCUUGUUGUAUCCUUGAUGAACUCCAUGAAAUCAAUCAUCAGCCUGCUCUUCUUGCUCUUCCUCUUCAUUGUGGUCUUUGCCCUGCUGGGAAUGCAGCUUUUUGGUGGCAGGUUCAUCUUUGAGGAUUAUACUCCAACCAACUUUGACACAUUUCCAGCAGCGAUUAUGACAGUGUUCCAGAUCCUGACUGGAGAGGACUGGAAUGAAGUGAUGUACAAUGGGAUCCGCUCACAGGGGGGAGUGAGGUCGGGCAUGUGGUCCUCUAUAUACUUCAUUGUGCUCACUCUGUUUGGAAACUACACAUUGCUGAAUGUGUUCUUGGCCAUCGCUGUGGACAAUUUGGCCAAUGCCCAGGAACUGACCAAGGAUGAAGAAGAGGAAGAGGAGGCCUUCAAUCAAAAGCAUGCCCUGCAGAAAGCAAAGGAAGUCAGCCCCAUGUCCGCCCCGUACCUCAUGGCAGCAGAGAGAAAAAGGCCCUUUCUGUAUAGGAAAAGAGCAAUCCACAGAAGUAGACACACCUUUAAGAUCGAGGCCGUUGGGAAUCUAGAAGCUCUGCCCGACGCCCAGCCGCUGAAUGCCCCUAACUAUUUUAUGUCCAGGAGAGAAAGGAGAAGGAGAAUGACCAUGUCAGUAUGGGAGCAGAGAACCAGUCAGCUGAGGAGGCGAAGGCAGAUGUCUAGCCGGGAGAUUCUUUUCAGCAAUCCCGGUGAAGAUCUGGAGAGGUCAGCCAGCUGCCCAAGACAUAGAAAACCCAUAGCCACAGACAGCUUGAGACGGAUCCCUGAACCCCCUAUCCCUGAGCCGGAACCCCUUCCAGGCCCCGAGGAGAAGCUUGGAAUCACUAACCACUGCCAGCCCCCCAAGGAAGGCCGACAGAGCCCCAGAGCCAAUGGAGAGAGGAGCCAUCGUUCGACCCGCCGGAACCGCAUGGCGCUAGGAGAGGGGGCAGCCACGGAAGAGGGGGCGAGGGCUCGCAGGAGCAGCAGGCACCGGCACCGAGAGCGAAUGGAAGGGAAGGGCAAGGACUCGCCCCACAGCGAGGGCAGCCGUUCCGUCAGUCGGGAGAGGAGGCUGGAGGAGCCGGAACGAGAUUUGGGAGAGGCAAAGAAUGGGGGGAAUGGCAAAAUAGAGUGUGAGGGCGAGCAAAGUAGGUUAAAUGAAACCACCCCUGAGCCGACCGAAACAAAGCCUGUGACAAACUCGCCCAAAAUGGAGGAACAAGAUGUUAAUGAGGUCUUGAAGAGUGACAACCCCCCUCUCCAGCCCUCUAAAGACACCACAAUGAAACCUGAGACUGGUGGGGAAGUCCCCCCCGACACCGUGGGAAUGAGCGAAUCUGAAAAUAAUCCUGCCUUGUUGAACCAAGACAAGCCUUCACUAAAUGCCAGCAUUGUCAUUGAAGUGACCGGCGUCCAGUCCCCAUUGGAGCUGACUCCUAUAGCAGCCAACAGUAAAGAUGUUGAAGCAGCAAAGACUGAGAAAGAAGAGGACGGCUGUAGUGGUCCAAAGCCAGCAAACCCUGACAGCAUGUUCAUCUUCAAAGCUUCCAACCCAAUAAGAAAAGCCUGUCACUAUGUUGUGAACCUGCGGUAUUUUGAGAUGUGCAUCCUGUUAGUAAUCGCAGCAAGCAGCAUUGCUCUGGCUGCAGAAGACCCUGUCUCUACCAACUCCGAAUGGAACAAAGUUCUACGUUACUUUGACUAUGUCUUCACCGGAGUCUUCACAUUUGAGAUGAUUAUAAAGAUGAUCGAUCAAGGCUUGAUCCUGCAUGAUGGGUCAUACUUCCGGGAUCUCUGGAACAUCCUUGAUUUCAUCGUUGUGGUGGGAGCUCUGAUCGCCUUCGCUUUAACGAAUGUGAUGGGGAAUAACAAAGGCCGGGAUAUCAAAACUAUCAAGUCCCUGCGUGUUCUAAGAGUCCUGCGUCCACUCAAGACAAUCAAGAGACUCCCAAAGCUAAAGGCAGUGUUUGACUGCGUUGUGACCUCUCUGAAGAACGUCUUUAACAUCCUGAUUGUCUACAAGCUCUUCAUGUUCAUCUUUGCUGUGAUUGCCGUGCAGCUUUUCAAGGGCAAGUUCUUCUACUGCACUGAUGGCUCCAAAGACACAGAGAAAGAAUGCCAGGGAUUCUAUAUUGAUUAUGAAAAGGACAAGAAGGAAGUAAAGAAGAGGGAAUGGAAGAGGCAUGACUUUCACUAUGACAACAUCAUCUGGGCUCUGUUGACCCUUUUCACCGUUUCCACAGGAGAAGGUUGGCCUCAGGUUCUGCAGCACUCGGUGGAUGUCACAGAGGAGGACCGCGGGCCCAGUCGAGGAAACCGCAUGGAAAUGUCCAUAUUCUAUGUGGUCUAUUUUGUGGUUUUCCCAUUCUUCUUCGUCAACAUCUUCGUGGCUCUUAUCAUCAUCACUUUCCAGGAGCAGGGUGACAAGAUGAUGGAGGAGUGCAGCCUGGAAAAGAAUGAGAGGGCCUGCAUUGAUUUUGCAAUAAGUGCCAAGCCCCUGACUAGGUACAUGCCCCAGAACAGACAGACCUUUCAAUACAAAGUGUGGCACUUUGUUGUCUCUCCUUCUUUCGAAUACACAGUGCUGGCCAUGAUUGCUCUCAACACCGUCGUCCUGAUGAUGAAGUAUUAUUCUGCUCCAACAACAUAUGACCAGGUCCUGAAGCACCUGAACACUGCCUUCACUGUGCUCUUUUCACUGGAGUGCAUCCUCAAAAUUGUGGCUUUCGGAUUUUUGAACUACUUCCGGGAUACCUGGAACAUAUUUGAUUUCAUAACAGUCUUGGGCAGUAUUACUGAAAUCGUGCUUACAGAUUUCCAGUUACCGAACACUUUCAACAUGAGUUUCCUGAAGCUGUUCCGUGCUGCCCGUCUCAUCAAACUCUUAAGACAGGGAUACACAAUUCGCAUUCUGCUCUGGACUUUUGUGCAGUCCUUCAAGGCACUUCCUUAUGUCUGCCUACUGAUCGCCAUGCUUUUCUUUAUAUAUGCAAUUAUCGGGAUGCAGGUAUUUGGUAACAUCAAAUUGAAUGAUGAAUCUCAUAUAAACCAGCACAAUAACUUUAAGACUUUCUUCAGUGCUCUAAUGCUUCUGUUCAGGAGUGCAACAGGGGAGUCCUGGCAAGAGAUCAUGUUAUCCUGUUUGUCAGGCAAGGGAUGUGAGACAGACCCUUCUUCCAAUUCCUCCACACCUAUAAUUAAAAGUGACUGCGGCACAGAUUUUGCCUACUUUUACUUCGUCUCCUUCAUCUUCUUCAGUUCCUUUUUGAUGUUGAACCUAUUCGUAGCCGUAAUCAUGGAUAACUUUGAGUACUUGACACGGGACUCAUCCAUUUUGGGGCCGCAUCAUCUGGAUGAAUUUGUUCGUAUCUGGGCCGAAUAUGACCGAGCAGCAUGUGGAAGGAUUCACUAUAAGGACAUGUACAAAGUAGUGCGAACGAUUUCGCCUCCUCUGGGCUUUGGAAAGAAUUGCCCCUACAGGGUGGCGUGCAAGAGGUUGGUGCUAAUGAACAUGCCUGUAGACGAAGACAUGUCCGUGCACUUUACCUCCACUUUGAUGGCGCUGAUCCGGACAGCACUGGAGAUCAAAAUAGCAAGAGGAGGAGAGGACAGACAGCAGCUGGACGCCGAGUUGCAGAAGGAGAUUAAUGUCAUCUGGCCACAUCUCUCCCAGAAAUCAUUGGACCUCCUAGUACCCAUUCACAAAGCUAGCGACAUGACCAUUGGGAAAAUCUAUGCUGCAAUGAUGAUAAUGGAUUAUUACAAGCAAAGCAAAGCUAAAAAGCAGAGGCAACAGCUUGAGGAGCAGAAAAACGCUCCAAUGUUUCAGCGAAUGGAUGCUUCAUCCCUUCCACAGGAGAUCCUGUCAAGCGCCAAAGCUCUGCCCUUUCUGCAGCAGAGUACAGGCUCAGGGCUGACCAGAGGUGGAUUUGUGGCUCUGAGCCCAAUCUCCCCUCAGGAGAUGUUUAUUCAUCCCAGAUCUCCGGAUAUGGAGAUGAAAGAAGACUUCCAUGCACACCACUCUCUGGUGCCGGAGCGAAAAGAGUUUAAUGGCCUGCUUUGCCCCACUAACAGGCAGUGUGUUCCCCUUGAUGUCCCAGGGCGGGCAGUAUCAAUCCGAGCCUCCUCUUUGCCUCGGCUGGCAGUAGAAGCACAGGUCAUGACGGACAGCAGCACAAUGAAGCGUUCUUUUUCCACUAUUGGGGACCAGCGUGUGAACGGACUGUGGUUGGAUGAGUAUUCCCUGGAAAGAGUCAGUCCUGACCGUCUGUACAGACCUCGACAGCGGAGCUACAGGGGUUCUGGUUUAAAAUCGGACCACCGGCAGCCAGGGGACAGGGAAAGGGGCCGAUCCAAAGAGCGCAGACACCUGCUGUCCCCUGACGUGUCCCGCUGUAACUCUGAGGAGCGCAGCCAACACCAUUCCCGGGAACGCAAGCAUUCCAGGUCCCCCAGUGAGGGCAGGUCACACACGCCCCACAGACAGGGCACCAGCUCGGACAGUCCAGUCCCCUCCACAUCGGAAUCCAGCACGCCACGCGGCCGGCGUCAACUUCCCCAGACACCCUCUAGGCCACGGCCACACAUCUCCUAUUCGCCCCUGGUGCGCCGUGCCCACCCUUCCCCGCCAGGUGAUGGGAGCAGCCCGCGGACCCAGGAGGCAGAGUGCGGGGACCAGGCCUGGGGAGAGGGGGCCACAUCUGGGCAGGGUGGUAGCCACCGCUCCACCCCGCACCGCUACAUCUCCGAGCCUUACCUGCCCCUGCACGAGGACUACAACAGCCCCGACUCUGCCGGCCUGGAGGAGACACUCACUUUCGAAGCCGCUGUGGCCACGAGCUUUGGACGCUCCAAUACCAUCAGCUCGGCGCCGCCACUGCGGCACAGCUGGCAGGUCCCCAACGGGCACUUCCGCAACCGCCUCUCUCAGUCCAGCUCGGUCGCUGGCUGCGAGCUGUUCAGCGACACAGACGAGGACGACCGCUGCUAGGUGGCAGGGAAACCAUGAACGGACAUUUGGGAAGAGACUUCCUGCCCAGCGGGGCUGUACCCUUACUUACAUGUGUGUAUGUGUGUGGGCGUGCGUAAGUGUGCCAAAUUUAAAGAAUAAGAAACAGGGAGGACUGGCAUAAGCAUGUGGGCAAUGGUUUUGUUUUUUGUUCCUUUGCCUCCCCCCAUGUACUCACUGAAAGGUGUCCUAAGUGCUACUUCAACAGUGUUCCUCCCUAAACAGUUUAUGUCCUCUUCAGAGGUGGUUAUUUCACUUUUCCCUCACUAGUAUCUUCACUCCACUGCCUGGAGGCGAUCUUUUAAAAAGUCUGUCACACUGGGGCUGCUUUGGCUUUGUGGAUAUUUAUCCCCUCUCACGCAUGGAAUUGAAUUCUUAAACACUAACGGGGAAGAAAACUCUCUCCAUUGCAAAAACUCUGAGCUCACUCUAGAGCAGAAAUAUUAUAGUGUGUAACAUCAAAGGACACUUCAAAGAAAUGAAUCCUACAGUUGUUGUUUAUGUGUGAGCAUAUCAGCAGAAGUUAAUGUCACAGAACAAUACGUUUAUGAGCAUCACCUUUUAGAAUAAAGAAAACCAGAACUGCCAGAUGCCAUAGGCCAGACUCACAAGAGAUUAGCUAAAAAAGUUCAGUCCACCUCAAAACCAAUUAACUUUUCUGAUUUUAGAGAUAUUAAGAAAAAAACAAAUUUCGAUUCCUGAAGUUAAUUUUUUCCAAGUUUAAAAUCUUAAUAAUAAUCUGACCAGAGGGAGACUUUUUUAUUAGUCUGAUCUAACCACUCAGAUCCCUAAUUAAUGUGUUAACGUUAUGAUACAACUGAAAGCAAACUCAGAGAAAUCAUGGCACCACAGUCAAAUUGUGUGCAAAUUGCUGGCAGCCUUCAGUUCCUACUUACCUGUACUACUGUAAAUGUGAGCCUACCUUUAGGUUUCCAGAGCUUAUAUCUACAUGCAACAUUAUAUUAAAUGAGCUGCUUCCUGUUUUUCAAUUUUGUUCAAAGCAGGUUGCCAAUUAAAGAUUUCUAGUCAGAUGGCACUCGAGCAAUUUUAAAAGAUAUUAAUUUUCAACAUCAACAAAGCUUUAGAUCAUUUGCUCUGCAAAACCUAUUUCCUGGAAAUACACUGAACUUAUUUUCUACAAAAUAUUUUAGAUAGUUAUUUUAUGUUCUGAGGUUUAUUUGAGAAACAAUUACAUUUGAUAUUUUUGUGAUGUUUUAUACAUUAAUAUUUGAUAUUAAUGUAUUCAUUAAUAUUUGUGGCAAUC